AUGGGUUCUCGCGCAAAUCCCCGUGGAGACGAUACAAGGACUAGGCAGUCGGAGAAAAUGGCAGGGAAUCCGGAGACAGUCGCAGACAGUAUCCCGUCGAUGAACGCUAAUGAAGAUUCUCCCUCAAGCAAGCUCUCGAAACGAGAACUCCCUCCCCACAUCGCCGGAGCUGCAGUGGAUGGUGAAUCCCUCGCAUCUCGGGUACGGGAUUUGGCAAUUAGCAGUCACGCCCAUACAGGCUCUAUCGAAUCUCGCUUCACAAUGUCACUCAACUGGGCAGACGAGGAGGAUGAUCCAGACAGUUUGCCUGACCUGGAUGACUGGGCUAUUGGUCCCAAAGUGUCCGUUGCCUCUCAGAAUACUUUUGAUCCCGAGCCUUCGUUCGCUCCAUCGGAUCCCAGAGAGGUAGACGCAACUCUCCGAGACCCUGUCGUCGAUCUGGCCACAACGCCGUUGACCAAGGAACCGUUGCCCGGCGGGGACAAGUCCGCGGAACACGUGGAAAAUAACCCACGCAUGUCGCCGCAUCGACCAUCGAGGUCAGGUGGUGGGAGUGCAGCCUCCAUCUGGGCACCCAAACAACAGUUGCCACCGCCAGGUAGUACACACCGCGGAAGAGGAAGGCAGCAUACUUCUCGAGAUUCUCGUGACGCUACGCGGACACGCAACACGCCGCCACCCCAAGCCGCAUCCCUCACUCAGACCAUUGCCACCCCCUCCGAAGGCGAGCGUAAAUCUACAAGAUAUGGCACAGGGGCCAAAAAGCCACAUGCAAGACCGGUUAUAUCUACAGAUGCAUUGGCUAGAAUCUCGCGCACUCUGGGUGCGGAGGUCGUUCGAAAAGAACAGCCGACAGCCACAUAG